AGAGGACGCAAUAGGUUUGGCGACUACUUGCAUUUCUUGAAACUUGUUUGAGAGUCAGAUCAAGUAAAACUUAAGCAGGAAGCAGCAGAGAUUUAUUUUUUCCCUAUUCACCAAUAAAAAAGGAGAAAGAUUCUAGAUAGAAAAAGCAGCUAAAACAGAUUGAAGGCAGUUUCACAUAUAAAUAGAGGAAAACUGCAUUGUUAGGAAUAGAUCAAUUAGAGGAAGUCCAGAACAAACCAGCUAUUCUCACUAGAACCAAACAAAUCAAAACAUAAUUCAUCCACAAUGGUCGCCGAUACUAAGUUAUAUGACGCGUUAGGAGUGAAACCCGAUGCUACAGAGCAGCAGCUGAAAAAAGCCUACAGAUUAGGUGCCUUGAAAUACCACCCAGAUAAGAAUCCUUCUCCAGAAGCAGCUGAGAAGUUCAAAGAGAUGACAGCAGCUUACGAGAUCUUGAGCGAUUCAGAAAAGAGAGACGUUUAUGACCAAUACGGAGAGCAAGGUCUUAACGGAGGGGGCAUGGGGGGAAUGGGUGGUAUGGAUGCAAGUGACAUCUUCUCCCAAUUCUUCGGCGGUGGAGGUGGCAGACCUUCUGGUCCUGUCAGAGGCAGAGACAUCAAGCACUCUCUAGGUUGCACCCUAGAAGAGUUGUACAAGGGUAAAGUUGCCAAAUUGGCUUUGAACAAGACCGUUCUUUGUAAAGACUGUGACGGUAAGGGUGGUAAGAACGUCAAGAAAUGUACUGGUUGUAAUGGUACUGGUACCAAGUUUGUUACAAGACAGAUGGGUCCUAUGAUCCAAAGAUUCCAAACCCAAUGUGAUAAGUGUAAUGGUCAAGGUGACAUUAUGGCUGAAUCUGAUAGAUGUAAGACAUGCAAGGGUAAGAAGGUUACCAAUGAAAGAAAGAUCUUAGAAGUUAACGUCUAUCCAGGUAUGAAGGAGGGACAAAAGGUUGUCUUUGAGGGCGAGGGUGAUCAGCAACCAGAUGUCAUUCCAGGUGAUGUCAUUUUUAUCAUUGAGGAAAAGCCAAACGAGCUAUAUACUAGAAAGGGUGAUGACCUAUACAUCAACCAAAAGAUAGAUCUUUUGACCGCAUUGGCCGGUGGCGAGGUUGCUUUCAAGCACGUCAGUGGUGAAUGGUUGAAAUUGGAAAUUAUACCUGGUGAAGUCAUUGCACCUGGUUCCACCAAAGUAGUCAGUGGCAAGGGUAUGCCAAUUCCAAAGCAUGGUGGAUUCGGUAACUUGCUUGUUAAAUUUGACGUUGAAUUCCCUAAGAACCACUUUGCCUCCGAAGAGCAACUGAAGGCAUUGGAGAAGAUUCUACCUGCAAGACCGGUCCAGAAGAUUCCAAAGGGGGUUGAAGUUGAUGAUUCUUGCACAUUCGAGGAAUACGAUCCUCUCAAGCACGCUCCAAGAACAUCCAACCGUGGUGGAUACUACGAUGAAGAUGAGGACGAAGAUGGAGGACAACCAGGUGUUCAAUGCGCUCAACAAUAAAUGGAUCAUGCCGUCUAAACCCAAUUACCCACUACCCCGAUAUAUCUUAUUCUAUAUAAUCUACUUUUCCUUUCGUAUAUACAAGUUCAUGUAAAUUGAAAUUUUGUGUAUACACAUCCAACUUCAAGGUUUUAGGUUCUUAGAAGAAAAAAGUGUUUCUAAAGCAGUAGACAAUGUAAAUGAAAAACAGAAAAACCAAGUACCUUUUAUCCGCU